AUGUCGACUGAUAAUGGUGUCGCGACGCUGCGAUCCGGCGAGCUCAUCGACCUGAUGGCCGCCUUGGAAGUCAGCGGCACCGAGAGCCCCGAAAGCGAGGCCAAAUCCCUGGAAUCUUAUUCGAAGGUUGGUUUUUUCAGUUUUCAUCAUGAAAAAUCAGAGAAAAGAUGGAAAAAUGGGCUUUUUUGUGUAAAAAUUUCGUGAACUCCAUUAUUUCUGAAAAAAAUUCCGUAGUAUAAUUAAAUUGUGUCCUUCAGUUUCUUAGAUGCGGUUAAAAUGAAACUUGAACAAAACAAAAGUUGAAAAGACGGGAAAAAUCACCAGAAUUCUACUCAAAAUUCGGUUUUAUUCAAAUUUUGUGUUGCGCUUGGAAAUAAACUGCUUUUUUAGUAUUCAUUUUAUUUAAUUUCGGAGGAGAAACAGAAGUGUUGACGAACUUGAAGUUUUUUGAAACGGCUCUUCUCUGCGAGACCUUUUAAAGAUGCAACGGUGCUCCUUUAAAAUUUUAUUUUUACUGGUUUUGAAUUAUAUGGUACACUUCUAGCCUUUAAAAAGGCCCCAGAAGGGGUUUUGAAUUUUUCCAAGAGUUUUAUAUAUUUUCCAUGACUUUUGACCGAACAUUUUUUCAUUUUUUAUCGUUUUUCAGCACUUCAAAACCAAAGAGAUCUCCGUGCCGCGGACGGUUUUUGUGGAGAAAGAAGAGCUUUUCCACAAAAAGCCCUUCAAAAUGCCCAAAUCGUAUAUAGUUCACAAUCCGGAGAUCAACUACGACAAGGUCGUCGAGUACGACUGUGACGAGGAGGUGCGAUUUUAUCCAAAAAUCUCGAAAAUGUUUGAUUUAAUAGAAAAUUUGAACUUUUUAGGUUAUUUUCAUCAAAAUUUAUGUGUAAAAGAAGCUAUGAGAAAAUCCAGAAAUAUUCAAUUUUUAGGACUACGAAUGGCUGAAAGAAAUGGAACCGAUCCGGAAAAAAAGGAGAAACAAAAAGACGAUCACACCGACGGAUUUCGAAUUCGUCAUGGAUCGGCUGGAAAAAGGAGUGCUCCUUCAAGGUAUCGACAGAAGAAUCUUAGGAACCCUAGAGUGGUCCCUAAAGGGCAUUCAAAGAUUCCCCUCUAGGGAUCAUUUUAACUCCCCUGUAAGGGGCACUAAACCUUGCAAAAGUGACCAAUUUUAGUUCUUGAAAGAUCCCUAAUGGGACCACUUAAGGUAUAAAGGUUUAGUGUCGUGCUCUAAACCCCUAUAGGGUCCACUUAAAUUUUGCCUCUCUAGGGAACACCAUAUAGUCCUCCGCGGACCCCUCUAGGGACCACUCUGGCGUUCCUCAGUUCAAACAUUUCUUUUUCGAGUUUUGAGAACUUCGCGUUGAUUUCAAUUAUGGUUAUUCUGAUUUUUGGUUACAAUUUUUUUUUUCAUUCUUGGUUUUCUGUUCAUAAUGUCCUUAUCAGGGGGAUUGGCUAUCAAAUUUGAUAUAUAACUUUUUUUAAAACGCUUUGAGCUGUAAUUUUCCAGGAGAACCCAAAAUUUGAGGGUUAUUUUUGAUUUUACUCUUUCGAAGCACUUUUUUUGGAUAACUUGUUUUUUCUUCAUUUUUUAUACUUUCUCGUGAAGUUUUAACGUCUUGAAAACGAAAAUUCAAACAUGCUUCGAAACAUUUUUGAAAUAUCUUUUCAAAAUUCCUAAACGGAUAUUUUUGAACUUUCAUAUCUCGGUACUAUGCUAGAAUAUUUCAAUUUUUCAUUUUUUGUCGAUUUUCUUAAAUUCAAUGCUUCUGUAUGUGAGAUCAGUCAUCAGAUUUUCAAACCCAUAUCUUCAAAAAAAUUUCAUUUUUCCAGGCCUCUGGCGGGAAAAACAACUCGAAUCAAGCCGGAAACAGUUCGAUCGACGCCGACGACGUCUGCUGCGUGUGCUCCGAUGGCGACGUUUCCAACGCCAACCAGAUCAUCUACUGCGACAUGUGCAACAUUGCCGUUCAUCAGGUUUCAGAUAAGAAAAAUAUUUUUUUGAGCUAGGAUUUAUCAUAAGCCCGGUUAAAUUGAUGAAGUUAAAAAUUUAAAAAAAAUGUACAAUUUCGGGGCAGUUUUUCAUGAUAAGCUAUUUUCCCUAUCAAAAAAAAUGAUUUUUUUUUCCAGAAAAAUUUCAAAUUUUGUCCGCUUAACCAUCUAUCCAAAGACGCUAGACUCGAAAAAUCCGCGAUUUUUUUCAAGAAUAUUCCAUUUUUUUAGGUGUUUUUAUGAAAAAGUACACUCUAGGGAUCACUUGAUCGUGAUUUUUUUCUAAUUUUGUGAUAUGUCAUGUGUAAUGUUAAAAUUGAGCGACAUUCUUGGAAAAUCAAAAAAAGUUUUUUUAAGACGUUUUUUAAAUUUCGAGACUUUCCGUUUGCUCCAUUGGAUUUGCCAUGAAGAAAAAUCAAAAAAACUGGAAAAAAUUUUUUCUUUCAAUUUUUGGGUACAACUCGUGUUUAAAGUAAUUUUCGCGAAAUUCAAAAAUAUCUCUGACUCUCCUAAAUUUAGUGAUCUUUUCCUCUUCCUGACCGCUUUUUUUUUUGUGCAAUCACUCUGAAAACGGAAUAAAGACUCGAGAGUCAGAAUAAAGCGGGAAAAAUUUCGAAAUCUGUCGAAAGUAUUUUUUUUACGAGAAGGACCCAAUUUUCAGGACUGUUACGGUGUCCCCUACAUCCCGGAAGGCUCGUGGCUCUGCCGCAGGUGCAAAAUGAGCCCCUCGCAGGCCGUUUCCUGCUGCCUGUGUCCGAACCCCCACGGCGCCUUCAAACAAACUUCCGACGGUCGUUGGGCUCAUGUCGUUUGCGCUAUUUGGCUCAAUGAGGUAUGGAAAUAAAAAAAGGGCUCAAAAUUGGUGGUUAUUUCGAAAAAUGUGAAAUAUGAAACGUGAAUAGAUGCAUUUCAAUAAGAAAAAGGGGUUAAAAUUGGUAGAAUUUUUUUUUAAAAAUUUGAAAAUCAAGUCAUUUUUCCAUUUUUUUUUUGUCAAAGUUAGGUUGGGCUCAUGUUCUCUGGAUCAAAUAGGUAUUUGAAUUUUUAAAAUAUUCGGCUGAAUUUGGUGGAUUUUAUUUUUAAAAAAACGUGAAGAAGGGAAGGUGACUCGAAGCAUUUUUUUAUAGGAAAAAAAGGGACAGAAAUUUUUGACUCGAGGCAUUUUUGUUAAAAUGGAAAAAGGGGCCUUAAAUUGGUUGAUUUUAUCCGGAAACUAUGUAAAAUAGUAGGUUAUUUUUUUAUAUUUUUUUCAUCAAAUUAUUAAAACUUACAAAAAAAAGCCGUAUAUUAACGGCAUUAUUCAAUAGAUUUUCGAAAAAUUUGAUUUUUGAGCUAGUCAAAGACCUUUUUGUUGAUUUUUAAAAAAUGCUUUUUUGAAUAAUACAACUGGCUUUUUAGAUCGAUCACAUGUUUUCUCUUUAAAAAAAAUUUAUCGCCUUGAAACUGAUCAAUUUUUGUUUCUUCAAGACGUUAUCUCUGAGUUUUAUAGGUUCAUUUCGGCAACGCCGUCUUUUUGGAACCAGUUGAAGGCGUUCAAACGUCGUUGAAUGUCAGAGCGAGGCUACGAUGUCUCAUUUGCAGGUUUGGAAUGGAAAACAGAGGGUAAAUAAAAGUGCAAAAUAUUUAUAAGGAAGAAAAAAUCAGAAUUUUGAGCUCUGAACCAGAAAUUACAUUUUUCUUGGCUUUUUGAGCUUCAGAACCUCACAAUUUUGAGUAGUUGUUUUUAAGCCCUUUUUUGAAUUUUCAGGGGUUCUUGGAGUUUGUAGAUUUUCAAAAUUGGCUGUUUCAGGAUCAAAAAUUACAUUUUCAUAGACUUUUUCAGUCUAAGAACCAUUAUGAGCAAUCUUUUGAUUUUUUAAGGGCCAUUUUUUUUAGAAUCUAGGGAUUUCUGGAGUUUGUAGAUUUUCAAACUUCGCUGUUUCAGAAAGAAACAGGGCGCGUGUGUGCAAUGUUCGACGCGAAGUUGUGUCCAGGCGUUCCACGUGACGUGUGCCCAGCGUCUGGGACUCGUCAUGCGCGUCGAGACAAAGGAGAACGCCGAGACUUCGGAUGACGUCGACGUCAAGGUGCUGAAAAAAAUAAUUAGAAACUUGGGAAUCGAAAGAAAAAAUCAAAGUGUCCCCAAUCUUAUAAUAAGCACCGGUGGAAGUAAAAAAGUACUUCCUAAAAGAAAAUCUUUUGUUGCUCUCUCCAUGAUCUUAAAGAUAGGAAAGCGGUGGAAUUUCCAUUUCUAUAAGGUUCCAUCGAUUUUCGAAACCUGAAAAGACCUUUUUUUUAGCAUAAAAAUAAUAAAAUUGAAGUUUCUCCGAAUUUAUAAGCUCCCAAGUACAAAACUGUUCCUCUUCCCUGAAAAUAACUUCUUUUUUUUCCUUCUAGAAAUAUUUGUUCCUUUUCAAAAGCUUUUCUAUAAGUUCCCACUGAUGAGAAAUGAAGUAAGAAUCUCGGCGAAAUCUGAAAAAGAAGACAUCGAAGUUCUAGUGUUUUUCAAAUUUUUCAAAAAAUCUGAUAAAAGAAAGAAAUCCAAGUACUUUCGAACUUUCAGCGGUUCAUCCACUGCCUGAAACACGGCAACGACGGGAAACACAACAUGAAUCGACGGCAACACGAUGAAUGUUUAAGGAGGGCGAGGAGGAGUCUCGCCGCCAGUUCCUACACUCCGACCAUCAAGUUUGACUUUUUUCUGAACGUCAUUGUGGUCCCUAUAGGGGCAAUCUUAGGGGCUCUUGGAGUUUCUCACGGUACCAUUUUACCUGCAUUAAUAGGAAUCACUGAAGAUUUCAGUUCCUUCUUCUAACCUCUAUAGGGGCUACUCUGCAGUUGCUAAGCUUUUUAUCAUUUUUAAAGUAUCCAUUUCGUUUUCGUUAAUUUGUUGCCUUGGCGUUGAGCUUUUGGCGCUUCAAAACAGUAUUAUCUGCGCCCGACCUUGAGCGAUUUCCGCCCAGUGUUAUACCCAGAGCGCGCAAGUAGUUUUUGGUCGGAUGCUCAAGAAAUCCGAGAACUUUUAGUUGUAUAAUACAGAAUACUCUGUUGAGAUUUAAUUUUUUACUUGCGCCCGACCUUGAGCGAUUCCCACCCAGGUUGUACAUGAUACCCAAGCGCAACUAGUUUUUGGUCGGAUGCUUAAGAAAACCGUGAACGUUUAGUUGUAAAGCAUAUGAAAACUGUCUUUAACUCCGGAAAAAUAAAUUUCAAUCGUUCAUUUUGCAGCAUGCCGACGAUUUCCAAGGAUUCUAUAGAAGGGAUCACGGAAAGGUCCGGAAUUGGAGACAUUUCCGAGAUUACGACCUAUUGGUACCUUAAAAGGAAGUCUCGACGCGGUGUUCCACUUAUCCGACGGUUACAAGUUGAAGUAAGAAUUUGAAAAAAAGUUUUUUUCUCAAAAAGGGUUUUUUUGGUUUGGAAAAAGAUUGAGAAAAAUUUUGAAAUUUUUCCAAAUUUUUUUUGCUUGAUUUUUCAUGUUUCGAUUGGAGUUUUUUUAUAUUUCUUCAAAGUUUUUUUCAAUAUAAUUCUUUUCCCACUCGGUCAUCAAAAUUGAAAAUUUCUUGUUUUCUGAAAUUAGUUAUUGAGUCGGAUCAUAGUUUUUCGAAAAAGGCAUUUUUGUCAGAAGCUGUAUUUUUUUACAAAAUCAGAAAUAUAGCUUAAAGACUUUUUUUCCAUUGAACAAUGAAAUUGGUUAUUUUUUUAUAUUUUUUUAAAUUUUUUUCCUGGUGAUAUUUUUCAAAUACACGGUUUAAUGGUUAUUCUUGUCACUUAUUUUUUUCAAAGAAUUUCAGUUUUUUUGUUCUUCAAAACAUCUGUCAGAAAAAAAUACAAAAAAAAGUUUUUUUCGUUCAAAAAAAUUUCUUAUUUGUAGUUUAAUCUUCCUGAAACCUUCUGGAGUUUUAACGACCGUUAUUUUUUUAACAUUUUGGUGGAAUUUCAGUUCGCAGAAAAAAAGCGCAGUUUCAGAAAGUUAUUGAGCUCCAUAUAAGGAAAUUGCGAUUUUUUUUAAAAUUUUCUAGAUUUUUCUCUGACGGACCUGUUUUCUAUACGAGAAAAGAUGAUUUCUCACUUUUCAUAAUAUUCUCUUUCAGAUGUCCCAACCCAAAGCGAAUCGAGUUUCGUCGAAUGAGCUCGAGGACAGCCUCCAAUUACCCUAUAAGGACCUGAAAAACACCCGGUAUUCGAUGGAAACGGCCCGACUUCUCUGCGAACAAGUCAAAAAGCGCGAGAACUACAAGAAAAACAUUGUUCGUCAUUUUUUCUUGAGAAGUUUUGAUUUUUCUAUUUUUAGAUUGACAAGUCCGUCGAGUUGUUUGAACUGGUUUUUGUCGAUUUCACGUCCUUUCUGCAAACUUUGGUUGAUCGGCUCAAUAAGAAGGACUCGAAAGCGGUUCGUUUUGACCUUUUUCCUAAUAUAUUCGUCUGACCUGUCUGCGCUCUCCUCCCUCUCGUCUCUGCGACUUUUUUCAUACUUCAUUCUUGAAAUUUGCUGACCGGCCUGCGCUUUCUUCCCUCUCGUCUCUGCGCGCUGUUUCUGCGACUUUUUUCAUAUUAUAUUCGUGAAAUUCUCUGACCUGUCUGCGCUUUUUCCCUCUCGUCUUUGCGCGCUGUUUCUACGACUUUUUUCAUACUUCAUUCAGGAAAUUGUCUGACCCGUCUGCGCUCUCUUCCCUCUCGUCUCUGCGACUUUUUUCAUACUUCAUUCUUGAAAUUUGCUGACCGGCCUGCGCUUUUUCCCUCUCGUCUUUGCGCGCUGUUUCUACGACUUUUUUCAUACUUCAUUCGUGAAAUUGUCUGACCUGUCUGCGCUCUCCUCCCUCUCGUCUCUGCACGCUGUUUCUGCGACUUUUUUCAUAUUAUAUUCGUGAAAUUCUCUGACCUGUCUGCGCUUUUUCCCUCUCGUCUUUGCGCGCUGUUUCUACGACUUUUUUCAUACUUCAUUCAGGAAAUUGUCUGACCCGUCUGCGCUCUCUUCCCUCUCGUCUCUGCGACUUUUUUCAUACUUCAUUCUUGAAAUUUGCUGACCGGCCUGCGCUUUCUUCCCUCUCGUCUCUGCGCGCUGUUUCUGCGACUUUUUUCAUACUUCAUUCGUGAAAUUGUCUGACCUGUCUGCGCUCUCCUCCCUCUCGUCUCUGCACGCUGUUUCUGCGACUUUUUUCAUUUCAUACUACGCGAAAUUUUCUGACCUGUCUGCGCCCUCUUCCCUCUAUUCUCUGCGAUUUUUUUCAUACUUCAUUCGUGAAAUUGUCUGACCUGUCUGCGCUCUCCUCUCUCUCGUCUUUGCGCGCUGUUUCUGCGACUUUUUUCAUUUCAUACUACGCGAAAUUUUCUGACCUGUCUGCGCUCUCUUCCCUCUCGUCUCUGCGCGCUUUUUCUGCCACUUUUUUCAUACUUCGUUCGUGAAAUUCUCUGACCUGUCUGCGCUCUCUUCCCUCUCGUCUCUGCGCUCUUUUUCUGCCACUUUUUUCAUACUUCGUUCGUGAAAUUCUCUGACCUGUCUGCGCUCUCUUCCCUCUCGUCUUUGCGCGCUUUUUCUACGUUUCUACGACUCCUCUUCCUAGUUGUGUCUCUCUGUUCUCUCACCAGCAAGGUCAAGCUUCCGGUGAGGGAAAUCAGAGCGCAGACUAGUCAGACUGCCUCAAGUCUCUAGAUGAAAAAAGAAAUUGAAGAAAAUAGAAUAUUUUCAGGUUUUUGCCCAGCCUGUCAAGUUGGACGGUUAUUCUUCGAUUAUCAAGCACCCCAUGGACAUUUCGACCAUUAGGAAAAAGAUCGUAGAUGAGGAAUAUGGUGAGUGGUCCAACUUGGAAUGGCUCUUGAAGCGGCGCGGUUAGGCGUUUUAUCCCAAUAACUUGCUCAAAACGCUCAAAAAAAGUUGUUUGCUGAUGUUUUUCUGUACAAUGUUUUUCUACAUGAAAGAUCUAAGAUUAAUUUUUUCGAUUUUUUUUUUUUGAAUGGACCGAAAAUGUACUCAUUUUUUUCCGAUUUUUUUCAGUGUUAAACUUGAAAAUUAUGAGGAAUAUCUUUACUUUCAUGCCGUGACCGCAUUUGGAAUGGAUCUCGGCGCGGUUAAAAUGAGAAUUUUUUUUCCCGAUGAUUUGUUCAGAACGUUCAAAAAACUCGAAAAAUUUUUUUUUUCUUUUUUCUGUACACUUUUUUUCUACAUAGGAUCUUCAUAUUUUCUUUUUUUGAGUACUUUUUUUCAUAAUUUAUUUUUUUCGAGAUCUCAAAAGAACGCAUUUUUUCUAAUAAACUCAAAAUUUACUGUGUUCGAGAAUAUUAUUCUUUUUUUACACAUUUUUCCGCCGAAAAUGAUCCGAUAAAACCUUCAGAUUUCAAAGAAAUAUUAUUUUUUUUCAAGUACUCCUAAUGAUUCAAAAAUACUGAAGGGUCGUGUCGAUAGAUUUUUAGAAGUGGGGCUAAUUUUCUCAAAAACGGAAAGUAGGCUGUUUUUGAGGGUUUCGAGCCAGAAAAAAAGGCUUGAAAAAGCUAAAAUUUUUCAGGUACCCUGAAAGACCUCCGAAAGGACAUUUUUCUGAUGACGGACAACUGCGAGAAGUUCAACAAGGGCAACGAUUAUUACCUGAGAUACGGACGAAAGUUCCGAAAAGUCGCGACCGAAGUCCUGGAAGAGGCCGAGGAGCGAUGGAGACAAAUUUCGGAGGUACUGGAGUUUUCUGGGGAUUUUGAAGGGAGUUUUGAAGAUUUUCAUCAAAAAAUAAAACUAAAAAUGGGCUUGGAAUGUUCAGAGAUGAAGAAUAAAAUAUAUAUUUAGUUUCUAAAAAAAAAUUAGCCGUUAUUGUUUUUAUUUGGGCUUUUUUUAGGAACUUGAGUUGAUGAUCAAACUAGACAUAAAAUGUCUUUUUUUUCUGAGAAAUAAGUUUUGAAGAAGCUUUCCAGCAAUGAGGGGAAUGAAUAGUAACAGAGGGGUCCCUUUUUCUUCUUUUUUGAAUAUUUUUGAACCCUUGAUUCUUUUAGGGUCUUGUAAAUUGACGACUUUUUCACAUUCCUGUACACCUAUUUUAAUAGUUUGAACGCUAAUUCUAGUUAAAACGUAGAGAAAAAAGAGCAAAAAAAGGAUAAAUUCCGUAAAAUUUCGCUUCCGUGUAUGUUUGGUCCACACCCUCAUAUCUUCGGUCUAUGUAGCUUCAAGUUCAUAAAAAAACAACAAUGAGUGAAGUGACUGCAAGAAUACACGCCCACGAUAUUUUGCGGAUCGGAAUUAUGGAAAGAAGAAAAAAUAUCCCACUUUCUGCAGCUCCAAGAGACGGGCAUGGAAGGGCUGAUGAAAGAAGUCUGCGAAAUUCCGCUUCUUGCUGCCUGCGACUUUGAGCGUCUGGCGACGGUGGAGCCGUUGUCCGACGACGCGAAGAAGCGGCUCGGGGACGAGACGAUGGAGUUCGACGACCACGACGACUUCCCCACCACUUCUGAAUCCUGCGUCAAGGAAAAUCAGCCGGAGACGUCUUCGGAUGCGAGGACGAGGAGGCAGUCGGGAAGGUGGGGAUUUUCCUUGUGAUUCUCAUGGAAAGUGACAUGAAAGUUUUUAUUUUCAAGGAAGGUAGGAUCCAUAGUUUGGACCAAAAUCAAAUUGAACUACCGUUGUGUAAUGAAAAGUGGUGGUUGGCUGAAUUUUAGGCCAUUUUCUGAAGCUUUUUCUUGAAAAAUGGCAUGAAAACCCGUACUUUUUUUUAGGAAGUUGAAAAUGAAUUUUAACUCUCGUUAAACAUCUGUAAAAAAAAUUGUUGCUUUUUUGAAACUUCGGAGCCAUUUUCUGGAGUUUUUUCUUGUGUUCCUGAUGAAAAUGACAUAAAAUUUCUAUGAUUUAAGGCAUUUUUGAAAUAAAUCCGAAAGUUGGAAGCAAAGUUGCUCUAUUGAGAAAUCCUCAAUUCUCGUUUUUUCCUCAUUUUUUUCUCCAUUUUUAUCUUUUUUGUGGCUCUCAAAAAGGAAGAAAGCUUCCGAUUAGGAGGAAUUUUCGAAUUUUGAACAAGAGAUUACGGUAAGCAACUUUCUGUACACCGAUUUUCCAAUGCCCUGGCGUGAAGUUGGAGAUGAAUUUUUCUUGAUAAAAUACAGGCUUUUGUGCGAUUUUAAGUAGUUUCUGAGUAGAGUUGCGAUAUAUCAGAAAACACAUGUUCUCUAGCCUAUACGUCUUGAAAUUUGAAUUUUUUUUUUCAAAAUGUUCAUUUUUUGCAAUUUCAAAUGAAAAACACAUGUUUUACUGGAAUUAUUGCUUAAAAUGUAGCUAAAGAUCAAUACUUUCUUCUCAGAUCGACGAGAAAAGGACGACCGUCGAAGACAGAAAUCGAGGCGGUUGAAGUGGAAGAAGACGUCGUCGAACGGCCGGAGACGCCGCCGAGAGCCCCGUCGAGGCUGGUUCUGAAGACGGCGGCCUCUUCAGCGCCCCAGUGGUCGACCCUCUUCGGCUCGGCCAGCACCAACAAGAGGAAAAUUCCGCCGACAACCAACAAUAAGUCGGCCAAGAAACGGAAACCUGACAGUGGUGGGUGUUGAUAAUACAUUUUUUCACUAUCAUCCAAGCCUCAAAGUCUAGUAAAAACCCUUCAGUUGCUGCUCAAACCGCCUCGAUUCUGCCCUUCCUCUCCGCCGCUCGACCUUCCAAACCCAUCGAAACGACGCCAACGUCCUCUCUCGCCUUCGUCAACGGAAACAUGACAUCGAGACCGUCGACGGUGUCUCUAACGACGCCGGCAAGGACGACGAGGGCUUCCAGAACAGGAACCGCAAACCAGUCGUUCAACAACUACCGCGAGAUGUCCAUUGCCAGGUUUUCUGCCUGAUUAAGUGAUCGAACUCAUUUUUUGCAAUUCAGUCCCUUGCCAGCCGACACGGCGUCUUCAGAAGAUUCAGCGGAUGAAGAUUUGGAAAAGUCGGUCACGACCGCGUUGGAACCGUUUUUGAGUCGCCGAAGAGACAAGGUUCGUUCAGAGAAGAGCUUUUGAAACAAAUUAGUAUUUUAAGGCCACCGCGACAGCUCCAGCCGUCAGCGACAGUGCGAAGCGACGAGCGACCACUGUGACGUCACCACCGCCGUCGGCGACUGAAGAAACGCCGCGGGCGUCGCUGCGACGGAUACGACCCAACGGACGGCCGGCGACCCGCGGCAUCGUCAGCUCGCUGGAAAAAGCCCGCGAGGAGGCCAAGUCCAAGCUCGUCCACAAUGCUUUGGUGGACAUUGACGGAAAGGCCGCUAGGUUGGUCUUUUUUUCUCUGCGCCCUCCUCGUUUCUCGGCGACCCUCUCAUGUUGCCAUGCUGUUUUCAUGAUUCUAUGAUCUCUCCGGUGAGGGAACAAAGAGACGCAGACACUCUAAAAGGGUCACGUCGCGGUAAAUGGACUAUAUAAAAAAAUAUUGGGGUCGUGCCAAUUUUUUCAGAAUUUCAUUGAAAAUAGGAAAGUUUUGAUGGACGUUAUUCUAGAUUCUUUUGGUCUGAAGGAAAAUGCUUCAAAAAUAUAUGCUUUAUAAACUUUUUUGUUCGAAACAGUCUCUCAAGGAAAUCGAAUUUUUCAAAACUACUGAAAAUUUCUUGAAGCUGGUUCUCGAGACGAAAAAGGAUUUUGCAGAGUAAUCGAGCCGACUUUCUCGCACCUGGAAGGUUAUUCGCGAGAAAAACGGCUUCAGAUGCUGGCGACCAGGCCGCGGAAGGACGAGGAAGACAAUCAGCACGUCUACGUCCGAUUUUUCUCCGAUUCCAAAGAGUUGGUUUUGAAAAUAUUGAGGAAGCGUUAGAAUCAAGAAAUUUAUGUAGAAGGGUAGUAAAGGACGUCAUUGUUCUGGUACAGAAAAAUUUCGUCUUUUCUUGGCUUGAAAAAAAUAACGUCAUAACCCGCGGAGUCUCAUGAAAAGUGACGUCAUAAUUACCCGUAACCCUUUAUGACUCAUAACCCUGCAGAAGUUGAAUCUCAAGAAAAUUGACGUCAAUUCUCUGAAAAAGUGACGUCAUCGCGUCUGCCUAAAAAAUGACGUCACAACGUUCUUCGCGACGUCUUAUUUGAAAUUUCAACACCGGGAUCGUGAAAAAGAAUUUUUGGAACAAGUUUCUAUAGCUUCUCAAUGAAAACUUCGUUUGGCUUGGUUCCAAGAGAAAAAAGAGCGGUAAAAUCAUGCAAUUUAUGUAGAAGGGUAGAAAAUGACGUCAUGAUUCUGUGUCAGACAAUACAGGUCCAAAAAAACGUCGUCAUUUUUUGAGUUCGGAGAAAAAAUGACGUCAUAACCUGCAUGGUCUCAUAAGGAGUGACGUCAUAACCCUGCAAAAGUUGAGCCGCAAGAAAAUUGACGUCAUCGUGCCUGCCUAAAAAAUAAAAGAAGAAAUGACGUCACAACGUUUUUCGCGACGUUUUUCCAGCCCCGGAGUCAUGAAAAAGAUUUUGAAGCAAUUUCCUAUAGUUUUUCGAUGAAAACUUUGGAACGUCUUUUUCGUAAUGAAUAGUUCACAACUUUUCCUUCAGAUGCUGGCUGCCGGCUUCCCGAAUCACCAUGUUAGAUCUGACCAACGCCAAAUCAGCUGUCCAAGGCCUCAAACAGGCCAAAAUUUGGUUGGUUUUUUUUGUAAUUGAUAAAAAUCAUAGGAAAAGUCUAGACAAAUUUUCAAUUCACUUCUAUCUUUUUUUCGAAAACUUGAAGCAUUAUAAUUAUGAAAAACGUGAGGAAUACUCAAAAGAUCACUAGGGAGACUUUGAGUAGUCAUUUUAGUGGUUUUUAUGCGCGAAAAAUUGGAACCAAAAUAAGUGCUUUAAGUGGCCACUUGAGUGGCUCUGAUGCCCGAAAAGGGUGAACUAAAUUUUUUGAGAGAUUUGUUUUUUUUUCUCGCAAAAUUAAAAUUGAACAGUUCGAUUUUUUUUUCCCCUCUAGAGGGGCGUAAAGUAGUCACUUUAGUGAUUAAGAUGCCCGAAAAGUAGUAUCAAAGGAUGAGGCAAUUUUUCGACACUUUGAUUUUUUUUUUCUAGACCCGCUUGAAGUGGUUACUAGAGGGGUUCUGAUGCCGAAUAGGAUGGAUCAAAAAAUUUUUUCUUAUGAUUUUUGCGUAAAGAUAUUAUUUUCUAACGCAUAAUAAUUAUGAAUUUGACUAUCGGUUUAUAUCGAAAGAUCCGAAAUUUUAGGCAACGACGGAUGCUGGAGCAGCAAAACUGA